AUGGACGUGUCGCAUAACCGGCUGAGAUGCCAGGACCUCGGCCUGAAAACCCACUUGGACCAACUGGACCAGCAGGUCAGUGAGCUGCAGCUCGACAUGUGCAGGACGUCCACCGAGGGCCCCGACGGCGACAGUCGGCCCAGCUCAGGCUUCUACGAGAUGAGCGAUGGCGGCUCCUGCUCCCUGUCUGCCUCCUGCACAUCCGUGUGCAGCGAUCGCCUGUCCUCUUCCCUGGGCACUUUGCUGCCCAGCGCCCCGCAGGCCAGGACCAGCGCAGGGGACUGCCGGCCCUGGUCGGCCGAUGACACCACCAUGUGCGGGGGGCCCCUGUCUGUGUGGGGACUUCAGGCCACUGAGGAUGGCGCAGGCCCCUCACGGCCCAGGCCCGUGUCCACAGGGACGGGAGAGCUGGGGAGGGUGGGGGCCCCAUCCAGGCGGUGGGGCGGCUGUGGGCGUGCACCCCCAGGUCCCAUCCAGGCGGUGGGAUGCGAGCACAGCGGGAGCCUCGACACCAUGUCCACGUUGCUUCUCCGCCGCGGGCUAGGCCCCCUGCCCCUCAGGCUGGACCCCAAGUACCAGCGUGACCUGGUGUCCAAGGGGGGCAGGGAGGUGUACCUGUACCCCAGCCCCCUGCACGCGGUGGCUCUGCAGAGCCCCCUCUUUGCUCUGCCCACGGACACCCCUCAGAGGGACAGCCCCCCGCAGCCCUCCAGCCAGCCCCUUCCCGGCCACUCAGGGCCACGCCCCAUCCGGACGGGACCGCUCCCCGAGGCUGGCGCAGCCCGAGCCUACAUAGACAAGCUGCUUGGACGGCGGGGCCCAGGGCGCACCCCAAGGGGCCAUGUGGGUGAGCAGGGACCCCCAUCCCAGAGAGCAGAGACUGAGCGUCACCCAGAGGGGCUGACCUGCUCCCCAAGAAGAGCAGACGUGGGAGGGGGGGCUCUGAGGAGGGACACAGGUGGGAAUAGCCUUGAGCAGCGGGGACCUGCGCCCUGUGGGAGCCCGCUGCCCCCCAGCAGCCUUCCGGAGGAGGGACAGAGACCCCCCCGUAGCUGCAUCCAUGCGGGGACCAUUCCGGGCUCCCCUCAGCUGGGGGGUGCACCCCGGGCUCCGCAGGCCGCUCCUACCAGCCGGGAGGGCACAGCCAGGCUGUCCACCAGGAUGGGCCCGGGGCCCUGUGUGCACCCCCAUUCUGUCGUCUGCAGCGCUGCCCCAAUGGGGCUGCGAAUGGGCCAGAAGCCUGGCCCCCCCACCACAAAGGCUGUGAAGAUGGGGAGGAGGGCCAGGCCCAGGCCGCCCCACAGGCACCCGCAGGCCAGGAGCGAGUCUGGCUCCAAGCACUCGGCCGAGUGUGCCUCCCUCUUCCACUCCACCAUCACCGAGACCAGCAAGGACAGGGCCAGUGACCACACGGCCGGCCGCUUUGGGGACCAGGAGUCCAGUGGCAGCAAUGCGGAGGGCGGUGUCCAGGACGUGGGCAGCCGGCCGGCCUGGCCUGGGACGAGCCACCCCCAGCAUCUGCGCACCCCUGGCUCCCGGCCACCCCUGUCCCCGGUGCCCAAGCUCUGCCACAUCAAGGCCUCCAAGGCCCUGAAGAAGAAGAUCUGCCGGUUCCAGCCCACUGCGCUGAAGGUCAUGACCCUGGUGUGAACCUGCUGUGCUGAAGGUCAUGACCCUGGUGUGAACCUGCUGUGUUGAAGGUCAUGACCCUGGUGUGAACCUGCUGCCCUGAGGGUCAUGACCCUGGUGUGAACCUGCUGUGCUGAAGGUCAUGACCCUGUGUGGGGCCAGGCAACCCGACCUGUGUUCCAGAAGCCGUCCUCCUGAGGAUCAGGGUUGUUGGGAGGGUGUGACAGGCUCAGAGGGGCCUCCCAGGGCCGAGGACAAAGUCCAGCGUGUUCGCCUUUUUAUAUGCGGAUGUGGGUUCUCCCAUGUUGUUGCCCAUUUGUGGUCUGAAGUUCCGCUUGGAAAAGUGGCCGUCACUCCAGGAGUGGAGGGAGGAGCAGGUGCCAGGCUGGGUGGAGGGUCCCCGAGCCCUGGGCGCCUCCCGCCCCAUCAGACAUCGGAGAACACAAACUGUGGGGUCUCACAAGCCGCCUGCAGACACAGACUCGCCCAGGCGCUCAGGCGUCUGCCGCCACCAGGGUGGCCACCUCGGUCCUGCUCCCGUCCCUGCAAAGCAUCUUCCUCCGGGCUCGGCGGCCGGACGCCUGCGGGAAACUGGGUGGGACGGGACCCCCAUGUCCGUCUCAGGUGAAUAAACCCAGGAUUUGCCAUU